UAGGAAAAACACAAUUUGUCAUCAUAAUUUAAUUAAUUAAAAUUAUGGUGAUUUCUGAUAGGAAAAAAUAAUAAUUUUUAUUUUAUGAUUUAAAUAUUUCUUGAUAAGCUAUUAUGUACUUUUUUAUCAUACUUUAAGGAGAAAUAAAGUAUGAUAAAAAAGUACAUAGCAACUUUUCGGGUGAAGAAGAAGUAUUUGUUUUGUUGUCAUUUGCCAUCGUGCACGAUGUCGGAUAUGUGGAUAGGUAGCAUUAUAUCUGUUGACUGUGGAGAUGUUCUGGGAGUGUUUGAAGGUGAAAUAUCUAACGUUGAUAGCCUAAAUCAAACUAUAUCAUUAAUUAAUGUUAGCAGAAAUGGUGUUAAGUGUCAAGUUCCAGAGAUUACUCUUAACACGCAUGACAUAAAGAACUUGAAACUUCUUCAGUCAACUGUCCGUAAGGAAAGUAGUGCAGGGCCUGUUAAUUCAGAUAGGGUUUCUGCAUUUGUAACACCCUCUUCCUCAAGAAAUGGCUGCACAAGAAAUUCUCCUAUGUAUGAUGACAGCCAGAAAAAGAAAGGUGAAGGUAAAAAGAAAGCUACCAAAAGAUCUGAUGGCAAAAAAUGGCAAAAGGAACGGGAUGAAGCUUGUUUUAGCGUUUCUGUUGACAGUGAAGUUUUAGAUACAGAAUUUGACUUUGAAAAGAAUCUUGCUCUUUUUGACAAACAAGCAGUGUUUGACGAAAUAAAUGCACUCUCUAAAUCCGAUCACAUCAAGCUCGUAGACUGUAAUAAGCGAAUGCAAACGAAGUAUCGUCAUGAUGAAAAUGUUCUAAUUAGUGAUAUGCCAGUUUUAAAACAAAUUUCAGUGCCAUGUGAAUCUGACAAGGAAUAUGUAACAGAUUCUGGUUUAGUAGUGCCAAGUGUUACUGUACAGUUCAAAAAGCGGUUAUAUAAAAAAGCCGAGGAAGUUGGCCUAACAUCAAAUGUUAGGGUGGAAAUGACUGGGAGAGCAGCCAGUGAAAUGGUUUUACAGCUUCUUGGGGGAAAUCAUAGGUUAAAUCCCCAAAAUAGUCAUCAAAAGCCCACUGUGGUUGUAUUGUGUGGACCUCAUCUUCAGGGUACUCAGGGUGUGAACUGUGGACGUCAUCUUGCCAAUCAUUGUGUUAAUGUAACGGUCCUAAAACCUGCAAUCGUUGUAGAUGUACCAUCUAAUUUCUUGAAUGAAUUGAAGCUUUUUAAUUUAAGUGGUGGAAAAACAGUAUCUGAAUUUUCUGGUUUGCCUUCAACUGUUGAUAUUAUUAUUGAAGCAGUGGAUUCAUAUGAAGAUAUAAAAUGUUGUAAAAUCUGGAUGCAAGAAGUACAGGAAUGGGCAAAACAUUCCAAAGCUCCAAUUCUUUGUCUUGAUCCUCCUCCUGAUUAUAAUUCCAUAGAGCAAAAGUUUAUAUUAGCUCCAGCAUUACCAUUUGCAUUCAAAAAUGAAAAAUGCAGUGUUCAUAUUUGUGAUAUAGGACUUCCUAAAGGAAUAUUUUCCAGUUUGGAUUGUGUAUAUUCCUCGCCAUUUGGAUCAAAAUUUAUAAUCCCAUUAUAUGCAAGACAAGAUUAAAUAAUGCAUACAACAGUGCACUACUUCAUAUUUGCUGUAUGUAUCCCAAUAAGAUUUGUAUCUUCCCAACUUUCAAGCUGAAUGUAAUUUUAUUUUAAAUGAUAAUGCUUAAAACAUUCUUUGAAUUCCAUUGUUCAAUUUUUAUAACAUCCUAUAAUAUACCAGUUUCUUUUUAUUGUAAUUCUGCUCCAAAAUCUACUUUCUUGUGCCUUAAUAUUUUAUUUUUCAGUUGUAUAUUACUUCAUUUGUUGUAAAUAUUGUUUUAAAUAAGGUUGUCAAAAGAAACCUUGGGCCAAUAUCAGCUAGCAUCUGAUGUAUUUCCAUGCAAGGUUUCAUCCUGAAACAAAUUAUAAAUAAAAAAAUAUGAAUGUGAAUAAAAUUUUUAUGAAAAAGUAUAACUGCAAAA